AUGGAGUCAAUUCCAUUUGCUGAAUUCGUCCAUCUAGAUGGCACCACAGUGACCGACAAGAUUAUAGGUAUUGGAGGCACCAAUAUUGUUGUCCAACAAGGAAAAUACGCAGUUAAGGUUCCUCGUCUGUCAAGAAUCACAGAGAUUGGAGGAACCACCGUUUUAUUAGACCAAAGCAAACCCCCCAAAGAAGGAGACUACGACUAUCGUGCCCAGCUUAUUCGAGCACUGAAGAACGAAAAGGACAUUUACCGGAGAAUCGGCCCUCAUGUAGGGAUUACUCCCUGCUAUAAUAUCUCGUCGACGCAGCCCUCAGUUCAAAUGCCGCUCAUGGGAAAAGAUCUUCAACACUAUCUAGCGGAGAAUAGACCGAGCCGGAAAGAGCAGCUGGCAUGGAUGAGACGAUUAGCGGAUACACUCGCCUACAUCCACUCCCGUCGCGUGAUUGCGGCCGAUAUUGGUCCAUCGAACAUAGUCCUUGACAGUGCAUUGAACGUGAAAUUCAUCGACUUUUCGGAAUCAACGCUAAUGCCGCUUGACUGGAAUCUUGAGGGCACGGACUCGCUUGGAUAUUCGAUCCUUAGCGAUAUUGGACAGCUGGGUGCGGUUAUGUUUCAGAUUGUGACGGGCCAAACUGGUAGGUUUGAUACUGAAGAUGCCAGCGGCGAAGUGACUUGGCCACCACGGGAUAGCCUCCCAUCAACAGAUAAUGUCUGGCUGGGGCCCGUGAUCGAAAAAUGCUGGACUCAAGGGUUCAAAUCUGCAGGAGAUCUCGCCGGUUAUCUGAAGCAGGUGAACGAUGAUGAGUGA